UGGAGUCGGAGAACGGGAACGCGGCGGGCGGGCCCCGCUGCCGGCGCCGCCUCCCCUCACGCAGCUGAGGGCAAUGGAGGGCGGUGAAUCCCCCGCCGAGCCCGGCUCGGGGCCGGCCAGGCGCUUCCCGGUGGCGGCGGUGGAGGAGAUCCUGAGGGAUGUGCUGGGGAGCGCCCUGAGGGAGCAGCGCUACGAGCCGGGGCCGUGCCUGGAGGCGGCCAAGGACAUCGCCGAGGUAAUUAAGGCGCGGGUCAAGGCGCUGGCGGUGCCCAGGUACAAGAUCGUGGUGGUGGCACACAUUGGGCAGCUGGGUGGGCAGAGCAUGCAGAUCAGCAUCAGGUGCCUCUGGGAUCCCAAGAGCGACACCUUUUCCUCCUGCGUGUUCAAGAACACCUCGCUGUUUGCUGUGGCAAAUGUCUAUGGUGUGUAUUUUGAGUAGGGAGGUAGUAGAGUUUAGCAGCAGGAGAAAUUAAUGUUCAGCUUAACUCUUCCUGGCUCUGUUGUUGAAAAUACCUGAGAAGGAUCAAGGUACUCUCACCUGCUUUGAAAUGUGAGCCUGUGGGUGAGUGGACUAAGGGUCUUUCAGGGGGUUUUCUCUGAGAAGUGGCUUUCUAUGGCACAGUUUUGCAGCUGAUUGCUGCUUUCAGAACUUGCUCUGUAGGGGAAAUAUUUUUAGAAUUUUGCCUGUAAGUAAUGUUUUCUCUGUUCUUCUCCAGGAAACAUUACUGGAAGUAUUUGGAUUAGGGAAUAAACCAUGGGUUUUGCCUGCCCACUUUUGGGGCUGGUGCUGAGGGUCCUGAGUCUCUCCUGGUGCAGCCUUUCCCCACCCAGGUGGGGUCUGGCUCACCUUGCUCUGAAUCUGAAACCACACUUUUUGCUACCCCUCUUUCCCAGCUGAAACCUGCUGUUAGGUUUUCCUGAGUGAGAGAACAAACCUAUCACAAGCUGCUUAUUUUAUUACAUUUUAGGGGCAAAGCUGAAACCAGAACAGUAGUUAGUUGGGAAGAAACAUUUCAUGUACUCAUGACUAAAAGUUUAACUCACUGUAAACACUGUGAAAUGCAGACACUCUGAAGCCACUUUGCUGGUGUGCACUGUGACAUUUAACACCCAAAACUACAAUUAAAGAACACAACUGAAAGGA